AUGGAAUCCUCUUUAUUGAUUUCCACUGAGGAUAAAAAAUUGAUUAUGCUUAGUAUUUCUAAUGAGUACAAAAUUGAAUAUUAAGUAAACAAUCAUAUUUGAAUAUUUAGGAAACCUUUGAUAAAUCAUAUAUUAACAAUAUCAUACUUUACAAUAAGAAUUAAAUGUUAACAACUCAAGUAGAUGGAAGAUUAAGAUUAUGGAAGAGAGAGAGAUAAGGAUAAUCUUUUUAAUUAAGUUAAACUCGUACUGUUUAAGCAAUGAAAUUAAUAUCAAAAAUAUAAUAAAUUCCCUGGGAAACUUAAAAUGUUUUAAUUGGUGGUGAUACUUUAAUAUUAAUGAAUGCUGAAAAUGGAAAAUAAAUCAAAUAAUAUACAAAUAAUAAUAUUCAGUAAAAUAAAAUAAUAUGUAUAUAAUGUAUUUGGAAUAAUAUUAUAAUAAGUGGAAAUUCUAAUGGCUAAGUUAUUAAAUAGAAUUAGUACUUUAUUUAUUAAUAUCUAAUAGUGGAAAUGGAGAAUUACUAUAAGUAAUAGUGAUUGAAGAAGGAGUCAAAAAUCUCUUUGUAAACAACCAAUAUUUCUUAAUCCAUAGUAAUAAGAAACUUUAUGUAUAAUGA